AUGCCUCCACGAAGAGCAGUCAAAGGUCGUCUAGCUAGGAGGAAUGUUGAGGAACAAGAGUUACCCAAUGCACUUGAAGUGCAACCGCAAGGAGAAAUUACUAUUGCUGAGUUCAGAGAGGCUAUAAGAAUGCUCAGUCAAGUUGGGAACAACCAAGCUGGGCAGCAGAAAGGAGCUCAACAAGAAGAGGCUGAAACUUCAAGGAUUCAUGAGUUUUUGAGGAUGAAUCUCCCAAGUUUCAAUAGUUCGAGCACUUUAGAGGAUCCAGAGAACUUCAUUCAAGAAUUGAAAAAGGUGUUCGACAUGCAUGUUACUGAUACUGUGAGAGUGGAGCUAGCUACAUAUUAUAUGAAAAAUGUUGCUAGGACUUGGUUUGAACAGUGGAAAGGGGAUAGAGCAGAGGACGUAGAGAAAGAGAAGCUGAGAGAUAGAGAGGAGUUCAAGAACAAUAGGGCUAAGACAGGGAAUAAGUCCGGGCAGCUGAAGAGUAAUGCCAACCGGUCAUCACUCCAACAGAAACAGAAGGGCCUUGGUCUAUCAUCUGCUAAUUGUCCAAAGAACAAGCAGGGAAAUGGUAAUGGGGGCAAUAAAUCCCAAUCUUUGUCAGUUGCUCCACCAGACUGGGCUUCACCUAGUGGAGCUACUUUCGGUACUGGCGGAGGAACCUAA